AGGGGCUUGACAACAGAGUACCUCUUUAUAAGGUUGUCCUCUCUGCUCAAUUUUCAUUGUGCAUUUUACAAAGUAGCUAGCUAAUUACAAAGGAAAAAGAGCUAGCUUCUGUGUUGUGUGGAGGAAGAGGUAAUUCAAAGAAGUAUUCAUGGCUGUGAUGUGGAUUCAAAUUAUACUGCUACUGGCGGCUUGCCUGCUUCCUCUAUCAGCAGAAGCCAUGGUUCGCCAUUACAAGUUCAAUGUGGUGAUGAAGAACUCCACAAGAUUGUGUUCAACCAAGCCCAUAGUAACUAUAAAUGGCAAGUUUCCAGGCCCAACUAUCUAUGCUAGGGAAGAUGACACUGUUCUAGUAAAGGUGGUUAACCAUGUCAAAUACAAUGUUAGCAUUCAUUGGCAUGGGGUUAGACAGUUGAGGACGGGCUGGGCCGAUGGGCCGGCAUACAUAACCCAAUGCCCAAUUCAACCGGGCCAAGUCUAUGUGUACAACUUCACCCUCACAGGGCAGAGAGGGACACUUCUUUGGCAUGCACACAUUCUCUGGCUUAGGGCCACAGUACAUGGUGCCUUGGUCAUUAUGCCCAAGCUUGGGGUUCCUUACCCUUUUCCCAGACCCCACAUGGAACAAGUUAUUGUAUUAGGUGAAUGGUGGAAAUCAGAUACUGAGGCUGUGAUAAAUGAAGCUUUGAAAUCUGGGUUGGCUCCAAAUGUCUCUGAUGCCCACACAAUCAAUGGCCACCCAGGGCCAGUCAAAAACUGUGCUGAAGGAGGAUUCAAAUUCCAAGUUGAACCAGGGAAAAACCAUUUGCUAAGAAUAAUCAAUGCUGCACUCAAUGAAGACCUGUUCUUCAAGAUUGCUGGCCACCAACUAACUGUUGUUGAGAUUGAUGCUACCUACACAAAGCCUUUCAAUACUGACACCAUUGUCAUAGCACCAGGCCAGACCACAAAUGUGCUUCUAAAAGCUAACCAUGCAUCUGGAAAAUACUUGGUAGCAUCCUCAACUUUCAUGGAUGCUCCAAUAGCAUUUGACAACAUGACAGCCACUGCCAUGUUACAUUACACAAACACCCUUGGUUCCACUAUCACCACCCUCACAUCACUACCUCCCCAAAAUGCAACCCCAACUGCUGACAACUUCACAGACUCCCUCAGAAGCUUGAACUCCAAAGAGUACCCUGCUAGAGUCCCCAAAAAGGUUGAUCAUUCAUUGUUUUUCACUAUCAGCCUUGGAGUUAACCCUUGUGCUAGUUGUGUGAGUGGAAGCAGGGUGGUUGCAGCUAUAAACAAUGUUACCUUUGUGAUGCCUAAGAUUUCUUCUCUUCUUCAAGCACACUUCUUCAAAAAAAGUGGGAUUUUCACAGAUGAUUUUCCUGGGAAACCUCCUGUGAUGUAUGACUUCACUGGGAAACAACAGCCAGCAAAUAUGAGGACUAAUAGAGGGACAAGGGUGUAUAGGCUUGCAUACAACUCCACUGUUCAAUUGGUGUUGCAAGAUACUGGGAUGAUUGCUCCUGAGAACCAUCCUAUUCAUCUCCAUGGAUUCAAUUUCUUUGUUGUUGGUAGGGGGAAAGGGAAUUACAACCCCAAAAAGGACACCAGAAAGUUCAACCUUGUGGAUCCUGUGGAGAGAAACACAGUUGGUGUCCCAUCUGGUGGGUGGACUGCAAUCAGAUUCAGGGCUGAUAAUCCAGGGGUUUGGUUUAUGCAUUGCCAUUUGGAAGUUCAUACAACAUGGGGACUGAAGAUGGCAUUUGUGGUGGAUAAUGGUAAAGGACCAAAUGAAUCUCUACUACCACCUCCUAGUGACCUACCCAAGUGCUGAUAGGAGUCCAUUUUUGCAAUCUUUGCAUAAGGAUGAAGAAGGGGCAACAUACAAAGAAAACAACUAUACAUGCCAAAGUGUAGACUCUCUAGGCUGAUAACAAGAUUUUCUUGGAGCAAAUAAAAAGGACAAGCUGCUAAUAGUGGAAUAAGACCAAUUGACAUGUCUUCACUUUCUGUGUUUUUUCCCUUUCAUUUAUUCAUUUUUUGUACUGUUUGUACAUCUCUUCUUUCUCCUUCUUGAAGAAUGAUUUUGGUUUCAUGUAAUUAUACAGACAGUGCUAAUCAGAUUUCAAAGGAAUUUAAUUGCAUA